ACCCCCAGCUCGCACCCCACGUGACGCGGCCGGUGGCGGUUCGGGCCGUCAGCUGACUCGGGGCGCUGCAGCGGGGUGGCCGCGCCUACAAAAACAGGGCGGGCGGGACCCGGCGCUGUCGCGGCCUCGCAGCGGCGGGAUCUUCUGGGCUCGUCACCCGCAGCCAGCACCGCCGUUGCCGCCAUGGGCCCCCGCGGCCUGCUCCUGCUGCUCGCCUUGGUAGGGCCCUGCGCGGCCCUCAUCAGGAUCCCCCUGACCAAGUUCCCCUCCAUGCGGCGGGUCCUGAGUGAGGUGGGCAGCGAGAUCCCAGACAUGAAUGCCAUGACCCAGCUCCUCAAGUUCAAGCUAGGCUUUGCUGAUGUGGGGGAGCCGACCCCGGAGAUCCUGAAGAAUUACAUGGAUGCCCAGUACUACGGUGAGAUUGGCAUUGGGACUCCCCCUCAGAAGUUCACUGUGGUCUUUGACACCGGCUCCUCCAACCUCUGGGUGCCAUCUGUGCACUGUCACCUGCUGGACAUUGCCUGCUUGCUGCACCACAAGUACGAUUCCUCCAAAUCCAGCACCUACGUGGAGAACGGCACUGACUUCGCCAUCCACUAUGGGACGGGGAGCCUUUCCGGAUACCUCAGCCAGGACACUGUCACACUUGGUAACUUGAAAAUCAAGAACCAAAUUUUCGGGGAGGCCUUGAAGCAGCCAGGCAUCACGUUCAUCGCUGCCAAGUUCGACGGCAUCCUGGGCAUGGCAUUCCCGAGGAUCUCUGUGGACAAGGUCACCCCUUUCUUCGAUAACAUCAUGCAACAGAAGCUGAUUGAGAAAAACAUUUUCUCCUUCUACCUGAACAGAGACCCCUCUGCUCAGCCUGGCGGUGAGCUGCUCCUGGGAGGGACUGACCCCAAGUAUUACAGUGGUGACUUCAGCUGGGUCAAUGUCACACGCAAGGCCUACUGGCAGGUCCACAUGGAUGCGGUGGACGUUGCCAAUGGGCUGACUCUGUGCAAAGGGGGCUGUGAGGCCAUCGUGGACACAGGGACCUCACUUAUCACUGGUCCCACUAAGGAAGUAAAGGAGCUGCAGACAGCCAUCGGUGCAAAACCACUCAUCAAAGGCCAGUAUGUGAUUCCCUGCGAUAAGGUGUCAUCUCUGCCUGUCAUCACUCUAACGCUAGGAGGGAAGCCCUACCAGCUCACCGGAGAGCAGUAUGUCUUCAAGGUUUCUGUACAAGGAGAGACCAUCUGCCUGAGUGGCUUUUCAGGCCUUGAUGUCCCACCCCCUGGGGGCCCACUCUGGAUCCUGGGAGAUGUCUUCAUCGGUCCCUACUACACCGUCUUUGACCGUGAUAAUGACUCUGUUGGCUUUGCCAAAUGUGUCUAAGCGCCUGACCCCACUGCAUCUGCCUCACACACACACACAUGCACAGGAGCUGUAGAGAAAGAUUACCAGGAUUAGAAAUCCAGUGAGUGGAAAGGAAAAAAAAAAAAGGAACUAGAUUUAAAAUUACAUGGAAAAUAGUCAUUAGUGCCCUGCUAGCUGCUUUUUUUCCCCUCUGUUGAGUAAGUGGUGCUGGGAGGUCUCUAGUUGACAACGCCAGCUGGAGUAGCCCCUUGCUUUACUGCUAGGUCUUCCAGUAUUUGUUUUUAAGAAUGAUUCUCAGAGCUGAACAAGGCCCUCUCAUGUCUCCCAGCCUUGGUCUCUUUCCUAGAGGGUCAGCUGGCUGGAGCCCGGCCCCUCUGUUCCUGUGGAGAGGCUGUGCAGCUGCUCUUGGGUUUGGGCUUCUGCGUGGGGGGAGAGGGAUGGGGAAGGGGUUUACUUCUUGCUUUUUCACUGAUGAAGUGGGGGAGUGGGAUGGAGGGAGAGUCCGUCUCCAUCACCUCUCGGUGGUGAGCUGAGGCAGUGAUCACUAGGUCAUUUCUCAAUAGCUUUGUGCUGGUUUGGUCCUAGGAGAGCGCAUCCCAGGCUGGAGUGAUAGGGAAUCACGAUAGCAUGCCCAGGAGUUGAUUUUUCAGAGCCCAAGGGCAUUCGUGGUGUGGUUUUGUGUUUUGAUGGCAGCAGUGAGAGAGCUGGAGACAUCAUGUGCCUGAUCUAAGAAGGCAGGGAUUUGUAGUGGGCUUCAGCCAGUGGGACUCCUCAGGGAGUAGCGGGGGUCAAGAUAGCAUUUAAUAGAGGUCACUUGAAUUCAUAGUCAUGAAGGCCCAGCUUUCUGCUGAGCAAAGUCACUUGACACGGGUUCUCUUGAGUUUGGUGAACUUCUCUCGGGUUCUUUAAACCACAGAUCUUCCCCUCUCUAUCUGCAGCCAGUGAGUCAAGAAUAAUGUUUCCUAAAGCAACUAAGUGAUCUAGAAGUUGAAAUCACACUGAUAAAAUCCAUAGGUGUUUGUCAGCCAUGUAAGAUCUUUUGGAAACAUUAUUUGCAGUGUUUUGAACUGCCCAAAGCUCAACAGACAGCUGGCAGAGCCAGCAAGCCUCCCAGGCAGGAGGAUGCUGUGGCAGCUGCUGGACAUACAUUCACUUUCUCUGCUGCCUUGUCCUGAAACCCAGAUGUCCGUAUCACCCUCCUUACCUGCUUUCCACCUUACUAACACUGGUGAGAGCUCUGUAUUGCAGAGUCAGGCACGAUCUUGUAACUGAUGCAGCUGUGCUCGCAGAUUCUCCUGGACAGCCGAUCCCUGUGCAUAUGGAGCCACUUGCUUCAAUGGGCUGGCGUCAGUGGGCAAACACUGGUGGAGCUGGGAGCUCGAUAAAGUGAGUUUUAAGCACUACUGGAAAGCAGAAGAGAGCCUGGCAAGAGUCCCAGCCUGUGCUGGGAAUGAAAGACUCUCUUCACUUUCCCAGGGCACUGGAUCAGGUCCUGAAGUUAGGGAGUGGCAGCAGGUGAGGGGAAAAGCUGCGGGUGGCAAGAGGACUGAAUCAGUACCAGCCAUGACCCUAGACAAGACAAAACAGAUGGUAAAAUCCUGGCUCCCCAAAAUUCACUGAUAAUCCUGACAGCAGUACUGGGGGACCUCGAAAGUUCCCCAUGAGCAGUGGGUGAAUAGAUGGUUAUGCCCAGUGAAAUACAUAUAAAUCAUCCCCAAUAUUAAAUUCUCCACGGGUAUCAGAGGCACGGGUGGGGAAGAGGUUCUGAGGUGAGCUGUUGGAGGACAGCAAGCACAUAGCCUGCAGAUGUCCCCUGUCUCUACCCUCUGCAGCUGAUAGGUUUGGCUUUAUAACCAUGCCAUGUGCUUUGGAGGGCUCUGGUGUGGGCCGUGGGGACAGGCCUGGACACAAUUCUGAUCUGUGUGUUGUCUCCUGCAACCAUGGAUGUGACAAAUGCUGCUCCCUAAGCUUGCUUCUGCCUGCUGUAGUCUUCACCCGCAACCCUGCAUCUGGUUGCUUAAGCACAUCUGUUGCAGACGGGCUAGAGAACAGUAGCACGUUACCCCCAAAACAAAAUCAUCAGUAGAUACUCCAAAAUCAGCAGAUAUUCAGCACCUCUCUGGAGGGACCCAGUUUCGCAUCAGUUAAGUGCCCUGAGAUCCUCCAAGGCCUGCUACGUUGUUUACCAGCUGCAGGAUUUCUCCAGCCUGGAGAGACAGUGACAGCCACGUGGGUACCCGCUAAUCAGACAUGAUGUGGGGGGGAAGCCUGACAUGGAGCUUGCGGUGGGGUUUAAACGUCUUUGGCAUCAGAUUUAAGGGGGAUGUGCAGUGCAACCCUGGAAAAAAAAUCAUCAGGCUGUGGUUCUUCUGGGUAUGCGAUGCUUUAUGCCAUCUGCAUUGUAGCCUCUGCAGUAACCCAAGGCUGGGCUGGUGUCUGUCCUUGGGCAGGCAGGAGACUGCUGCCUGGGGAGAGAACAUGGUCCAGAAUGGUGCCCUGAGUGACAUACCUUAGGAUAGGAUGGAGGAGUGGUUCGUCUUCCCUGAAUGGGUCUCCUCCCAUUGUUCUUUUAUUUGCAUUUUUAAACCAAGCUCUAACAAUGUGACUGUUUUUGUUUUAAUCUAAUUUGCUGUCAGAAUUACUGUCUCAUCACAGAAAAUGGAAAUGAAAAUACAGUAUUUUCCCCCAUUA